AUGGCGACUGCCUCUUCGACCUCCCCUAACGGCUCCUCACCGACCGCCAAGCAGCCGCUGUCGCCCCUCUCGGCCGCCAAAUCCCUACAUAAUGGUGAGGCGGCCUCGAAUGUAGGCAAAUCCACUCCCGCGCCGACCACAGCAGGGACCUCGACGAAGGCGCCAUCUGCAUCCACAGCGCCCAGCCGACAGUCGCCCACUCUUCCAUCGGCCAGUGCUGGUGAUUCGAAUUUCAAGUUCGAUUUCUACGGGUCUACGCCCUCCAUGUCGAACCUGUCCUUCGGUUCUUUCGGGUCGCUGCCCUCCCUUAGUUCCAUGCCUCCUCACCCCAGCUCGAUGGACAAGGGCUACGCCGCCGCUGACGUCAGCAACGGAUCCAUGCCGCCCACCGACAAUGGACGACUCGUGCCGGCCCCAUCUUCAUCUUCGAAUGGCGGUGGCCGACCCCAGCAACAGGCCCCCACCGGGCAGCAGCAGGCCCCGCCUCGAGGAGGAGCGCCGGCCCAGCAAUCGCGAGGCGCAGCACAGGGACGACCAUCGGGCGCCCAGCCCCAGGCUGCUCCCUCGAGCCCAGGAUCUUCAUCGACCGCCGUCGUCCCAGCAAGUCCUGGGCAGUCGGACCGACGAGUGAUUAAUCCCGUCACGGUGCCCAAUGGGCAGAACUUCGUCGACAUCACCGAAUAUCUCAACAUGCCGCAGUCGGAGGCCGCCAAGAAGCUGAGCAUUCCGCCGUCAACACUCAGCAAGCGAUGGAAGGAGGCAGUCCGUAAUCGCAAGUGGCCCUGGCGCGUGGUGUGCAAGCUCGACAAGGAAAUCAUGACGCUACUCCACAACGUGCCCCAGGGUGCGCCCAUCCCCGAGGAGAUCGAAGGACGUCUGGGCUACCUGAUGAGGAAGAGGCAGGAGGAGCUCAAGCCCGUCGUAAUCAGAUUGUGA